AUGAAGGAGCUCCGUAUCGAGAAGCUCGUCAUCAACAUCUCCGUCGGAGAGUCUGGUGAUCGACUUACCCGUGCCGCUAAGGUCCUCGAGCAGCUUACCGGUCAGACCCCCGUCACCUCCAAGGCCCGAUACACCAUCCGAUCUUUCCAGAUCAGGAGGAACGAAAAGAUUGCUUGCCACGUCACCAUCCGAGGUCCCAAGGCUGAGGAGGUUCUCGAGCGUGCGUUGAAGGUCAAGGAGUACGAGCUCAGGAGGAGGAACUUCUCCGAGACCGGCAACUUCGGUUUCGGUAUCGAGGAGCACAUCGACCUCGGUAUCAAGUACGACCCCGGAAUCGGUAUUUUCGGUAUGGACUUUUUCGUCGUGAUGGGCCGACCCGGUAUGAGGGUUGCCAGGAGGAAGCACGCUACUGCCAAGGUUGGCUCUAGCCACAAGGUCCGCCCCGAGCAGACCGUUGCUUGGUUCAAGCAGCGAUUCGACGGUAUCGUUGCUCGUUAA